UGUACGAUUUAUUUCGGUUCAUUAUUGAAUGUUGGAUUCCCGCAGUAAUGGAAUUAAAUAAUAAUGAAUAAGUCAAUAAAUAACUAUAAACUGCAGUUGUCAUGUCACUCCAGCACAUUAGGUGGCGCUGUGACCCUAAAACUGUUUGUUUGCCAUUAGCCGCCAGUAAACGUAUAAAAGAAGAAGAAACGCAGACGAAUAUCAAAAUAGAACAAAAAAAAAAAAAACGGAAAAAAAACGGGGAAAAAAUAAAAUGGAACGUCCAGUUUCAGCAAUUUAUGCAUUCGGCCAGAGAAAGGGGCUGGAGGUGGCGUUCAUUGUGGAGGCCCCGUCUGGACCGGAGCACGUGCCCAGAUUCACAGCCAGGGCAAGGGUUGGCCGGGAGCAGUUCCCAGAGGGCUCCGGGAGCAGCAAGAAGGCGGCGAGGGAGGCAGCAGCCCAAGCUGCUCUGGAGGAGCUGAGGAGGAGAGGGCCGCUGCCGGAGAGGAGAUCAAGCCGACGGCCAGGGCUGCUCGAAUGCCUCUGUUCACAACCCCUCUCUGGCCUGCAAAGAUACGCCUGCGCUCAUGGGAAGGAGCUCAGGAUAGAGUUCGUGGAGCAAACGGGCCCCCCCAACGCUCGGAGGUUCAGCUACCGAGUGAAGUUGGGGGGGCACACCUUCCUCCCCAUGAGCGCCUCCAGCAAACGGCAGGCCAGAGAGGAGGCGGCGAGAGCAGCCGUGGCUGUCCUGGUGGGCGAGGCUGAGAGGGAGGCGAGAACACCACCCCCUCAGCCGUCCACCAGCUCCUCGCCGCCUUCCCCACCCACAACCAGCACCACCUCUGUGCCCUCCUGUGUCCCAGGACAUAAAAGCAGAAAUAAAGAUGGAGGAGGAAGAUUUUCUUCCUGAAGGAACCAUUAUCUCUUUCUAUUCCCAUCAUUCGGUGCUUUAAAGCUCAAUUCACACGGCACAGAGCGAUGCCCACAAAUACCGACAGUCAGUUGACGAGUUUUGCGUCUGAGACGUGACACAGGAUCAUUAGAUUUGUUAUGGUCGGCGUCUGUCAGUGCGCUGUGAAUUGGCCUUAAAGAGUUUGUUCACUCAAAAAUGAAAUUCUGUCAUUUACUCGCAUCAUGUCGUUCCAAACCUGACAGACUUUCGUUCAUCUUCGAAACACAAAUGAAGAUAUUUUAAUGAAAUCUGAGAGAUUUCUGUCCCUCCAUUGACAGUCCACGCAACUACCACUGCGACGCCUCAAAACAUUCAUAAAGAGAUCAUAAAACUAAUCCAUAUAAACUGAGUGAUUCAGUCCAAAUUUUGAGAAAGAGACUGGAUCACUUUAUUUGAUGAACAGACUGAAUUUAGGCUUUCAUUCUCAGAUAAACAUUCAUCAACUCACAUCAGAUGUGGUGAACUGAAGCUCAAGCAUGUUCGCUUGACGUGUGAGAACCAAUGAGAUUCAUUCUGG